GGCCGCGCUCCCUCCCCCCCUCCUUCCCUUCCCCUCCCUCAGCGGGACCGGCCCCGCGGUGCUGCCGCCGCCCCCCACGGGAUCCGCCCUUCAGCGCCCCGCAUCUCCCGGUUCCCCCCCCCGCAGCGACCGGGCCGAGGAUGGACUGGGAGUGAUUCCCGGAGGGACGAGAGGAAACGGGAACCCCCCCAAAAUGAAAGUGGAUCGGACGAAGCUGAAGAAAACCCCGACGGAGGCGCCCGCCGACUGCAGGGCCCUCAUCGAGAAGCUCAAGGGCUGCACGGACGAGCAGCUGGUGACGGAGCUGCAGCAGAUCAAGACAUGGAACAUCGGCAAGUGCGAGCUGUACCACUGGGUGGACCUGCUGGACCGGUUCGACGCGCUGCUGGCCGAGGCGGGGCGGCCGGUGGACACCAUGAGCUGGAUGCUGAGCUGCGACCGGCCCGAGCGGCAGCCCCUGAAGGCCCUGCUGCUGGCCCUGCUCAACUUCACCGCCCUGCUCAUCGAGUACAGCUUCUCCAGGCACCUCUACAGCUCCAUCGAGCACCUGACCACCCUGCUGGCCUCCUCGGACAUGCACGUGGUCCUGGCCGUGCUCAACCUGCUCUACGUGUUCAGCAAACGCUCCAACUACAUCACCCGCCUGGGCUCCGAGCGCAGGGGGCCCCUGCUCGCCCGGCUGCAGCACCUGGCUGAGAGUUGGGGUGGGAAGGAGAACGGGUUCGGGUUGGCCGAGUGCUGCCGGGACCUGCACAUGAUGAAAUACCCCCCCAGUGCCACCACCCUGCACUUCGAGUUCUACGCCGAGCCGGGGGUCGAGGUCAAGGUGGACAAGAGGGCCACCAGCACCACCCUGCACUACAUCCACAUCGAGCAGCUGGACAAGAUUUCCGAGAGCCCCUCGGAGAUCAUGGAGUCGCUCACCAAGAUGUACAACAUCCCCAAGGACAAACAGAUGCUGCUGUUCACCCACAUCCGCCUGGCCCACGGCUUCUCCACGCACAGGAAGCGGCUGCAGGCGGUGCAGGCCCGGCUCCACGCCAUCUCCAUCCUGGUGUAUUCCAACGCCCUGCAGGAAUCGGCCAACAGCAUCCUGUACAACGGGCUCAUCGAGGAGCUGGUGGAUGUGCUGCAGAUCCCGGACAAGCAGCUCAUGGACAUCAAGGCGGCGUCCCUGCGGACCCUCACGUCCAUCGUGCACCUGGAGAGGACCCCCAAGCUGAGCAGCAUCAUCGACUGCACCGGCACCGCCUCCUACCACGGCUUCCUGCCCGUGCUGGUCCGCAACUGCAUCCAGGCCAUGAUCGACCCCUCCAUGGAGCCCUACCCCCACCAGUUCGCCACGGCCCUGUUCUCCUUCCUCUACCACCUGGCCAGUUACGACGCGGGCGGGGAGGCGCUGGUGUCGUGUGGGAUGAUGGAGGCGCUGCUCAAGGUGAUUAAGUUCCUGGGGGACGAGCAGGACCAGAUCACGUUUGUGACGCGGGCGGUGCGGGUGGUGGAUCUCAUCACCAACCUGGACAUGGCGGCGUUCCAGGCCCACAGCGGCCUCUCCAUCUUCAUCUACCGCCUCGAGCACGAGGUCGACCUGUGCCGCCGGGAGUGUCCCUUUGUCAUCAAACCAAAGGUGCAGAGACCCCCGGCCACGGCAGCCCCCGAGGGCGAGGACAUGGAGACGGACAUGGAGGUGACCGAUGUGGCCAUGGAGAGCAGCCCCUCGGCCCCCCCGGCCGUGCCCAGCACCAGCUCCGGCCCCAGCAGUGCCACCCCGUCCCCCCGCGGCGGAGUGCAGUGCAUCCCCCAGCGCGCCGCCCUGCUCAAAUCCAUGCUGAACUUCCUCAAGAAAGCCAUCCAGGACCCCGCCUUCUCCGACGGCAUCCGCCACGUGAUGGACGGGUCGCUGCCCACGUCGCUCAAGCACAUCAUCAGCAACGCCGAGUACUACGGCCCCUCGCUGUUCCUGCUGGCGACCGAGGUGGUGACGGUGUUCGUGUUCCAGGAGCCCUCCCUGCUCUCGUCGCUGCAGGACAACGGCCUGACCGAUGUCAUGCUGCACGCCCUGCUCAUCAAGGACGUCCCAGCCACCCGUGAGGUCCUGGGGUCCCUCCCCAACGUGUUCUCCGCCCUGUGCCUGAACGCGCGGGGGCUGCAGAGCUUCGUGCAGUGCCAGCCCUUCGAGCGCCUCUUCAAGGUGCUGCUGUCGCCCGACUACCUGCCCGCCAUGAGGAGACGGCGCAGCUCCGACCCCCUGGGUGACACGGCCUCCAACCUGGGCAGCGCCGUGGACGAGCUGAUGCGGCACCAGCCCACCCUCAAAACCGACGCCACCACCGCCAUCAUCAAGCUGCUGGAGGAGAUCUGCAGCCUGGGCCGGGACCCCAAGUACAUCUGCCAGAAGCCAUCGAUGCAGAAGGGGGAGGGGGCGGGGGCUGCGCCCCCCCCGCGCUCCCCCCACGCCGCCGAGGAGGCCUCGAGCGAGGACGAGGAGGAGGAGGAGGUUCAGGCCAUGCAGAGCUUCGGGGCCGCCCAGCAGAGCGAGGCCGAGCCCACCCAGACGGUGGUGGGCACAGAGGAGCGGAUCCCGAUCCCGCUCAUGGAUUACAUCCUGAACGUGAUGAAGUUCGUGGAGUCGAUCCUGAGCAACAACACGACGGACGAUCACUGCCAGGAGUUCGUGGCACAGCGGGGGCUGCGGCCCCUCGUCACCAUCCUGGGGCUGCCCAACCUGCCCGUCGACUUCCCCACCUCUGCCGCCUGCCAGGCCGUGGCAGGGGUCUGCAAAUCCAUCCUGACCCUGUCCCACGAGCCCAAGGUGCUGCAGGAGGGGCUGGUGCAGCUGGAGUCGGUGCUGUCGGCGCUGGAGCCGCUGCACCGGCCCAUCGAGGCGCCGGGGGGGUCGGUGCUGCUGCGGGAGCUGGCGGGCGCCGGGGCCGUGCCCGACGCGACGCUGUCGGCCCAGGCCACCCCCCUGCUGCACGCGCUGACCGCGGCCCACGCCUUCAUCAUGAUGUUCGUGCACACCUGCAGGGUGGGGCAGAGCGAGAUCAGGGCCAUCUCCGUGAACCAGUGGGGGUCCCAGCUGGGGCUGAGUGUGCUGGGGAAGCUGAGCCAGCUCUACUGUUCCCUGGUGUGGGAGAGCACCGUGCUGCUGUCCCUCUGCACCCCCAACAGCCUCCCCCCGGGGUGUGAGUUCGGCCAGGCCGACAUGCAGAAACUGGUGCCCAAGGAGGAGAAGGCACCGAGCCCCCCCCAGGGCGGCCGGAGGGCAGAGGGUGAAGCGGAGGGUCCGAGCCCCGCGGGGGGGGCGGGCAGUGACCCCCCCCCGGCCCAGGGGCUGCUGGAGGGGAUGGGGCUGGAGGGGGAGGCCCUGGCCCCGAUGGAGACGGACGAGCCGAGCGCCACCGACCCCAAGGCCAAGGCCAAGAUCACCCCGGCCAUGGCCGCCCGCAUCAAACAGAUCAAACCCCUGCUCUCUGCCUCGUCCCGGCUGGGCCGGGCUCUGGCCGAGCUCUUCGGGCUCCUGGUGAAGCUCUGCGUGGGGUCCCCGGUGCGGCAGCGCCGCAGUCACCACGCGGCCGCCGCCGCCCCCGCGCCCACCGCGGCCGCCCGGGCCACGGCCUCGGCCCUCACCCGCCUGCUCACCAAGGGGCUCAGCUGGCAGCCCCCCCCCUACACCCCCACCCCCCGCUUCAGGCUGACGUUCUUCAUCUGCUCGGUGGGGUUCACGUCCCCGAUGCUCUUCGACGAGCGCAAGUUCCCCUAUCACCUCAUGCUCCAGAAGUUCCUCUGCUCCGGCGGCCACAACGCGCUCUUCGAGACGUUCAACUGGGCGCUGUCGAUGGGGGGGAAGGUGCCGGUGGGCGAGGGCCUGGAGCACCCCGACCUGCCCGACGGCACCGGCGAGUUCCUGGACGCGUGGCUGAUGCUGGUGGAGAAGAUGGUGAACCCCAGCACGGUGCUGGAGUCGCCCCACGCGCUGCCCGCCAAGGGACCCCCCCACGGGCACCCCCCGUUCAGCGCCCUGCGCUUCCUCGUCGUCACGCAGAAGGCGGCCUUCGCGUGCAUCAAGCAGCUGUGGCAGCGGCGGCCGCUGAAGGUGUACGGGGCGCGCAUGGCCGAGUCCAUGCUGGCCAUCCUGUGCCACAUUCUGCGCGCGGAGCCGCUGCUGCGCGAGCGCCUGGGCCGCGAGCGAGAGGGGCCCGCGGGCGAUGAGCCGGGCGGCGACGAGGGGGGGCCCCGCCGUGAGCCACACGUCAACCAGCAGCAGCUGCAGCAGCUGAUGGACAUGGGUUUCUCCCGGGAACACGCCAUGGAGGCCCUGCUGAACACCAACACCAUGGAACAGGCCACCGAGUACCUGCUCACCCACCCGCCCCCGCUCAUGGGGGGCACGGCGAGGGACCUGAGCAUGUCCGAGGAGGAUCAGAUGAUGAGGGCCAUUGCCAUGUCCCUGGGCCAGGACAUCCCCAUGGACCAGCGGGCAGAGUCCCCCGAGGAGGCCGCGUGCCGCAAGGAGGAGGAGGAGCGGCGGGCGCGGGAGCGGCAGGAGGAGGAGGAGGCCAAGUGCCUGGAGAAGUUCGAGGGGGCCGAGCCGCUGGAGCCGGCGGAGCUCGGGGCCUUCACCGACUCGAUGCUGCCGGGCUGCUCCCGCCUGCUGGACGAGCUGCCCGACACCGUGUACCGCGUGUGCGACCUGCUCAUGACGGCCGUGCGCAGGAACGGGCCCGCCUACAGGGACAGCGUGCUCAAGCAGGUGGUGCAGCAGGUGUGGGAGGCGGCCGAUGUCCUCAUCAAGGCGGCCGUGCCGCUCACCACCAGCGACACCAAGACGGUCUCGGAGUGGAUCAGCCAAAUGGCCACGUUGCCCCAGGCCUCCAACCUGGCCACACGCAUCCUGCUGCUCACCCUGCUCUUCGAGGAGCUGAAGCUGCCCUGUGCCCGGGUGGUGGAGUCCAGCUGUGUCCUGGACGUGCUCAUCAAGCUGCUCGAGGUGGUCCAGCCCUGCCUUCAGGCCGCCAAGGAGCACAAGGAGGUGCAGACCCCCAAGUGGAUCACCCCUGUCCUGCUGCUGAUUGACUUCUACGAGAAAACAGCCGUGUCCUCCAAGCGCCGGGCGCAGAUGAACAAGGUGGGGGCUUCUGGGGGGGCGUCCAGCCCCGAGGAGGGCCGGGAGGGCCGCAAGGAGAAGGAGGGGGAGCGCGAGGAGCGGGGGCGGGCGCGGGGCUCGAAGCCCCUCAUGCCGACCUCGACCAUCCUGCGGCUGCUGGCGGAGCUGGUGAGGUCCUACGUGGGCAUCGCCGCCCUGAUCGCCAACUACAGCUACAGCGUGGGGCAGUCCGAGCUCAUCAAGGAGGACUGCAGUGUCCUGGCCUUCGUCCUGGACCACCUGCUGCCGCACCAGCAGAACGCGGAGGACAAGGACACGCCGGCGCUGGCGCGGCUGUUCCUGGCCAGCCUGGCGGCCGCGGGCAGUGGCACCGACGCCCAGGUGGCCCUGGUGAACGAGGUGAAGGCCGCCCUGGGCCGGGCCCUGGCCAUGGCCGAGAGCACCGAGAAACACGCCAGGCUCCAGGCCGUCAUGUGCAUCAUCAGCACCAUCAUGGAGUCGUGCCCGUCCACCUCGAGCUUCUACAGCAGCGCGGCCAAGCCGCCCCACAACGGCAUGAACAACAUCAUCCGGCUCUUCCUCAAGAAGGGGCUGGUCAACGACCUGGCCCGGGUGCCCCACAGCCUCGACCUGUCCAGCCCCAACAUGGCGAACACGGUGAACGCGGCGCUGAAGCCCCUGGAGACGCUGUCACGGAUCGUGAACCAGCCCAGCGGCCUCUUCGGGGCCAAGGGCUCCUCCAGCAAGAGCAAGGCCGAGGGCGCCGGGGGGGCUCGUGAGGCGGGGGCUGCACCUCCUGAUGGAGGGGACCCCGGGGACCCCGAGCCCCCCGAGGAGGACGCGGAGGCGGCGCAGGCGGAGGCGGCCGACGGGGACAUGGACGGGGAGGCCGAGGGGGACACGGUGGUCCUGGCCGGGCAGCCCGAGGGGCUCAGCACCCAGGAGAUGCAGGUGGAGAACGAGCUGGAGGAUCUCAUUGACGAGCUGCUGGAGCGGGACGGCGCCGACGGGAACAGCACCAUCAUCGUGAGCCGCUCAGGAGAGGAUGAGUCACAGGAGGACGUUCUGAUGGACGAGGCCCCCUCCAACCUCAGCCAGGCCUCCACCCUCCAGGCCAACCGGGAAGACUCCAUGAACAUCCUGGACCCUGAGGACGAGGAGGAGCACACGCAGGAGGAGGACAGCAGUGGCAGCAAUGAGGACGAGGAUGACAGCCAGGACGAGGAAGAGGAGGAAGAGGAAGAGGAUGAGGAUGAUCAGGACGAUGAGGAGGGCGAGGAGGGGGAGGAGGAGGAGGAUGACGACGAUGGCUCGGAGAUGGAGCUGGACGAGGACUAUCCCGACAUGAACGCGUCGCCCCUCGUGCGCUUCGAGCGCUUCGACCGCGACGACGACCUGAUCAUCGAGUUCGACAACAUGUUCUCCAGCCCCACCGACAUCCCCCCGUCCCCCGGGAACAUCCCGGCCAGCCACCCGCUGCUGGUGCGGCACGCGGAGCACGGGGGGCUGGGGCUGGGGGGCGGCGCGGGGGGCACCCGCCUGGCCCAGGGGCUGGGCCGGAGCCAGCGCACCCUGCGGCAGCUGACGGCCAACGCCGGCCACACCAUCCACGUGCACUACCCGGGGGCUCGGCAGCCCAACCCCCCCCUCAUCCUGCAGCGGCUGUUGGGCCCCUCGGCGGCCGCAGACAUCCUGCAGCUGAGCAGCAGCCUCCCCCUGCAGAGCCGGGGCCGGGCCCGGCUGCUCGUGGGCAACGAGGACGUUCACAUCAUCGCCCGCUCCGACGACGAGCUGCUCGACGACUUCUUCCAUGAGCAGGGCAGCGCCGGCAGCCAGGCAGGGACCCUGUCCAGCAUCCCCACGGCCCUGACCCGCUGGACCGAGGAGUGCAAGGUCCUGGAUGCUGAGAGCAUGCACGACUGCGUGUCUGUGGUGAAGGUGCCCAUCCUGGCCCGGCUCGAGGCCCUGCGGGACGAGGAGCUGGACGAGCGGCGGGAGAAGCGCCGGCGCCAGGCGGCCGAGGACGAGGCCAAGGGGGCCGAGAGGGGCCCCGAGGACAAGGAGGGGCCCGACGCCCAGGACGCGGCGUCCAAGGCCGGCACCCCCUCGGCCGACGUCACCCCCCCAGAGCACAGCGGGACGACGGGAGAGACCCCCCCUCCCGGUCCCCACCGGACCCUGGUGAUGCUGGAACCGACGCCGACCCCCCCAGACCCCCCUCCGGGAGCCCCCCAAAUUCCCGCUCGCCCCCCACAACCCCCCGAGCACGAGGAGGGGGGGCCAGGACGACCCCCCCAAGAUGCCGAGGCCACUCAGAUGGAGCUGUCGCCCGCCCCCACCAUCACCUCGCUGUCCCCGGAGCGGGCCGAGGACUCGGACGCGCUGACGGCCGUGAGCAGCCAACUGGAGGGAUCCCCCAUGGACACCUCGAGCUUGGCCUCCUGCACCUUGGAAGAGUCAGGGGGGGCUCCCCCCCCUCCCACAGCCCCCCAAAACCCACCCGGGACCCCCCAGGGACCCCCACCCGCCCCCCCCGAUGCCGCUCAGCCGCCCGACGAUAGCUCUCCUCCUGCCUCGUCCUCGGAGAGCUCGUCCACCCGGGACUCUGCCGGGGCCAUUUCGGGGGCCGACUCGCGGGGGAUCCUGGAGGAGCCGCUGCCGUCCACCAGCAGCGAGGAGGAGGAUCCGCUGGCUGGGAUCAGCCUCCCGGAGGGCGUGGACCCCUCGUUCCUGGCAGCCCUUCCCGACGACAUCCGGCGGGAGGUGCUGCAGAACCAGCUGGGGAUCCGCCCCCCUGCCCGGGCCCCGCCCAGCGCCAGCCCCGCCCCGCCCGUGGUGGCCAAUCCCGGCCUGACCGAGGUCAGCCCCGAGUUCCUGGCAGCGCUGCCUCCGGCCAUCCAGGAGGAGGUGCUGGCGCAGCAGCGGGCGGAGCAGCAGCGGCGGGAGCUGGCGCAGGCCACGGGCUCGGACGCGCCGAUGGACCCGGUGACGUUCAUCCAGACGCUGCCGUCGGAGCUGCGGCGCUCGGUGCUGGAGGACAUGGAGGACUCGGUGCUGGCGGUGAUGCCGCCGGACAUCGCGGCCGAGGCGCAGGCGCUGCGGCGCGAGCAGGAGGCGCGGCAGCGGCAGCUCAUGCACGAGCGGCUCUUCGGCCACUCCAGCACCUCGGCGCUCUCGGCCAUCCUGCGCAGCCCCGCGUUCACGAGCCGGCUCAGCGGGAACCGGGGGGUUCAGUACACGCGGCUCGCGGUGCAGCGCGGGGGCACCUUCCACAUGGGGGGCACCGGCACCCACAGCAGGCCGGCGGGCAGCAGCGUGGACAGCCUGCUCCGGCUGCGCGGGCGGCUGCUCCUGGACCACGAGGCCCUGUCGUGCCUCCUGGUGCUGCUCUUCGUGGACGAGCCCAAGCUGAACACGAGCCGCCUGCACCGGGUGCUGCGCAACCUGUGCUACCACGCGCCCACGCGGGGCUGGGUGGUGCGCAGCCUGCUGUCCAUCCUGCAGCGCAGCAGCGAGAGCGAGCUGUGCCUCGAGACCCCCCGCGCGCCCCCCGGGCCGGGCCCCGGCGCCGAGGAGCGGCCGCGCAGCCGCGGCGCCCGCGGGACCCCCGGCUCGGCCGCGGAGCCGCGCGGGCUGGACCUGCUGCACCGCGUGGAGUCGCGCAGCUCCGGGCAGCUCUCCUGGCUCUCCGUGUCCAUGGACGCGGCCCUGGGCUGCCGCACCAACAUCUUCCAGAUCCAGAGGGUGCCGGGCCGCAAGCACACGGAGAAACACGCGGCGGCCGCCGGCUCCGCCGUCCACAUCCACCCCCAGGCCGCCCCCGUCGUGUGCCGGCACGUCCUCGACACCCUCAUCCAGCUGGCCAAGGUCUUCCCCAGCCACUUCACCCAACAACGAGGCCGAGACCCGGCGACGACCGACCCGGAACGUGACCGCGGCCCCCCAAAAUCGGGGGGCAGCCCUUGCCCCCCCCCGCCCCCCCAGACCCCGCCGGCGCCCCCGCCCCCUCCCCCCCCCUCCGGCACGCCCUCCCCCGCCCCUCCCCCGCCCUCCGGCAGCCUCUCCACCGAUUUUUGGGACCUGCUGGUGAAGUUGGACAACAUGAACGUGAGCCGGAAGGGGAAGGGGUCUGCGCGGGCGGGGGGCGGCGGGGGGGGCCCCGAGCCCGAGGCCGCGGGGGGGGGCCUGGAGGCGUCGCCCCUGGGGCAGCUGAUGAACAUGUUGUCCCACGGCGUGAUCCGGCGCAGCCCCCUCCUCACCGAGAAGCUGCUGCGCCUCCUCUCCCUCAUCUCCAUCGCCCUCCCCGAGGGGGGCAAGGCCGCCGAGGGGGGGGCCACGCCCCAGAACGGAGCCCCCGCGCCCGCCACGCCCGCAGGGGGGGCUGCGGCGGCUUCGGGGGGGGCGACGGCGCCCGGGAGCCCCCCGGCACAGGGGGGCAACGGCAGCGGCACCGGCACGGCCACGGCGGGGACUGGAGGCACCGGGGCCCCGGCCAAGAGCUCCAAGUCCCCGGCCAAGGUCCCUGAGGGGGGUCCCGACCCCCGGCUGGCGGCCACAGGCCUGACCGAGGCCCAGCUCCAGCUCUCCGUGGAGGUGCUGACGUCCCACUCGUGCUCGGAGGAGGGGCUGGAGGACGCGGCCAACGUGCUGCUGCAGCUCUCGCGGGGGGACGCGGGGACCCGGGACACCGUCCUGCGGCUGCUGCUCAGCGGGGCCCGGCAGCUGGGGGGGGCCCUGUGCCGCCAGAUCGGGACUCUGCUGGCCGAGCUCCGUGAGUACAACCUGGAGCAGCAGCGCCGGGCGCAGCUCGAGGCUCCCUCCCCCGAGGGGCUCCCCGAGGAGCAGCCGCCCAGCGCCAAACUCAAGGGCAAGAUGCAGAGCCGGUUCGACACGGCGGAGAGCGUGGUGAUCGUGGCGUCGCAGAAGCGCGCCCUGGGCGGGCGGGAGCUGCAGCUGCCCUCCAUGUCCGUGCUCACCUCCAAGACGUCCACGCAGCGCUUCUUCCUGCGGGUGCUGCAGGUCAUCAUCCAGCUGCGGGACGACACGCGCCGGGCGCACCGCAAGGCCAAGCCCCCCGGCCGGCUGGGCGCCGGGGGCCUGGGGGCGGCCGGCAGCAUCCAGGCCGCCGUCCGGCAGCUGGAGGCCGAGGCCGACGCCAUCAUACAAAUGGUACGUGAGGGCCAGAGGGCCCGGAGGCGGCAGCGGGGAGACACGUCGGAGGCCGGACAGUCGGACGCCGUCCCCCGGCGCGAUGAGUCGCCCAUGGACGUGGACCAGCCCUCGCCGGCCCCCCAGGACAUGGGCUCGGAGGGGUCGCAGGGGGGGGAGAGGGACGAGAGGCCCCCCGAGCUGCCCCUGCUGAGUGAGCAGCUGUGCCUGGACGAGCUCUGGGACAUGCUGGGCGAGUGUCUGAAGGAGCUGGAGGAGUCCCACGACCAGCACGCCGUGCUCGUUCUCCAGCCGGCGGUCGAGGCCUUUUUCCUGGUCCACGCCACGGAGCGGGAGAGCCGCCCGCCGGUGCGGGACACGCGGGAGAACCAGCUGUCCCACAUCAAGGACGAGCCCCCCCCGCUGUCCCCCGCCCCCCUGACCCCCGCCACCCCCUCGGCCCUCGACCCCUUCUUCUCCCGGGAGCCCUCGGCCAUGCACAUCUCGGCCAGCCUGCCCCCCGACACCCAGAAAUUCCUGCGCUUCGCCGAGACCCACCGGACGGUGCUGAACCAGAUCCUGCGCCAGUCCACGACCCACCUGGCCGACGGCCCCUUCGCCGUCCUCGUCGACUACAUCCGCGUGCUCGACUUCGACGUCAAGCGCAAGUACUUCCGUCAGGAGCUGGAGCGCCUGGACGAGGGGCUGCGCAAGGAGGACAUGGCCGUGCACGUGCGGCGCGACCACGUCUUCGAGGACUCCUACCGGGAGCUGCACCGCAAGACCCCCGAGGAGAUGAAGAACCGCCUGUACAUCGUGUUCGAGGGCGAGGAGGGGCAGGACGCGGGGGGGCUGCUGCGGGAGUGGUACAUGAUCAUCUCGCGGGAGAUGUUCAACCCCAUGUACGCCCUGUUCCGCACGUCCCCCGGCGACCGCGUCACCUACACCAUCAACCCCUCGUCCCACUGCAACCCCAACCACCUGAGCUACUUCAAGUUCGUGGGCAGGAUCGUGGCCAAGGCCGUCUACGACAACCGGCUGCUCGAGUGCUACUUCACCCGCUCCUUCUACAAGCACAUCCUGGGCAAGUCCGUGCGGUACACGGACAUGGAGAGUGAGGAUUAUCACUUCUACCAGGGCCUCGUUUACCUGCUGGAGAACGACGUGUCCACCCUGGGCUACGACCUCACCUUCAGCACCGAGGUGCAGGAAUUCGGGGUGUGUGAGGUGCGGGACCUGAAGCCCAACGGGGCCAACGUGCUGGUGACGGAGGAGAACAAGAAGGAAUACGUGCACCUCGUGUGCCAGAUGCGCAUGACCGGGGCCAUCCGGAAGCAGCUGGCGGCGUUCCUGGAGGGCUUCUACGAGAUCAUCCCCAAGCGCCUCAUCUCCAUCUUCACGGAGCAGGAGCUGGAGCUGCUCAUCUCGGGGCUGCCCACCAUCGACAUCGACGACCUCAAGGCCAACACCGAGUACCACAAGUACCAGGGCAACUCCAUCCAGAUCCAGUGGUUCUGGCGGGCCCUGCGCUCCUUCGACCAGGCCGACCGCGCCAAGUUCCUGCAGUUCGUGACGGGCACGUCCAAGGUGCCCCUGCAGGGAUUCGCUGCCCUCGAGGGCAUGAACGGCAUCCAGAAGUUCCAGAUCCACCGGGACGACCGGUCCACGGACAGACUGCCCUCGGCCCACACGUGCUUCAACCAGCUGGACCUGCCGGCCUACGAGAGCUACGAGAAGCUGCGGCACAUGCUGCUCUUGGCCAUCCAGGAGUGCUCCGAGGGCUUUGGGCUGGCCUAGGGGGCUUAGGCCUGGCCUGGGGGGGUCCCAACCCACCCCUGGGGGAUUUGGGCUGGACUGGGGGAGGUCUGAACCCUCUGGGGGGGGCUUUGGGCUGCCCUAGUUGGGCUCCAGCCUGGCCUGGGGGGACCCUUGACCCUCCCUGGGUUCUCCAGCCUGGCCUAAGGGGGGAUGUGACCCCCCCGGGGUCUCCAACCUGGCCAUGGGGGGCCCCCGACCCCCCCGGGGGCUCUAUAAAUAUAUAUAUAUUUUUUGGUUC